AUGCCUUCUAGAAAUGUGUGUUUAAUUCGUCUUCGACGAUAUUUUCUUCGUUAUAGUCUUUCAUGUGGUCGUCGAACAAAACUCAAAAGUCUUCUGAAAAUUUUCUUAAUUAUUAUCGUUGCCUUUCUUUUCAUGACUCUGAUAAAUGGGGUUCUGUUUUCAAGUUUGCUAUUCUUUCAAGAAGAUACCAAGGAACCGGAUUAUGAUUUCGAUACACGUCCAUAUUAUAGAACCAUCGAAAUGAAAAAACGCUUCGAUACGUCAGGAAACUAUAUAAUCGUACAAAAUUUCGUGCAAUACCAAUCGAAUCUUACUAAAAACGCGGGCCUAUUAGCAUUGAAUCUACAUACAGGUAUCGAUCAACUUCAUUUAUUGUUACAACAUGUUAAUGUCUGGGAUGGUCCAAUAUCAUUGAGUUUAUAUGUGAAAGGCUCACGUGGUAGUGACGAUAUUGACUAUGCAGCGAUGUGGCUUCGAUGUAAUCGACGAUCGUUUAAAGUACUUAACAUUCAUCUCGUCAUUUCAGCUACAGCUUAUAAAAGUUCGAUAUCAAGUCAACAUCAUUCUCAUAGUGUUAAGUAUACAGUUAACUGUCAGCAAGUGAGUUAUACGAAUCACUCCGAUGAGAAAGAUUCCACGCCCUACCCAUCGAAUCUUCUUCGAAAUAUUGCACGUCUUGGUAAUAGCCAUCCUUCUAUUCAGUACAUUUUAACCCUGGAUAUCGAUAUUUUCCCGUCGCCUGAUCUCUUUCAUCAUCUCGUCUCAUUCUAUACGAAAACAUCGAUAUCGAAUGAAAACUUCAAUAGCACACUUUAUGUCAUUCCUGUUUUCGAAAUUCAUACUGAUACAAUAAAACGUUCCAUACCUUUACCACAAAAUAAACACGAACUGACUCUUCUAUGGAAUGAUCAACAAAUUCAGCCGUAUCAAAACGAUGUCUGUCCAACAUGUCAAGCUUUAACAAAUUAUCAAGCGUGGAAACAAGAACAACGAAGCGAUGAUAUUCUUCCUCUCUUUCGUCCGCAUUAUUCUCAACCAUGGAAACCUUUUUUUAUCGGACCGAAAACGAUGCCGAUGUUUGAUCCGCGUUUCAAAGCUCAUGGGCAUGCAAGAAUAAGUCAAUGCUGUGAGAGUUUUAUUUCUGGUUAUGAUUAUGCUGUUAUGAAUAAUGUCUACUUGUAUCGAAUCGGUUUUCUCGAAAAAUCUCAAUUACCCAACACCAAAUUCAUCGAAGACGAUACUUCAUUACUGCUCUUUCAACAAUUUUAUGAAGAUUUAUUGAAGAGUUAUCCAAAUACCACAAGAAAAUGUUAA